AUGGCAAAGAAUAGGGGCAAAAACAAGUUCGUUGUUGGCUCCUCUAGUGAGAGAGAGAACGUGCCUUCGGGGAGGUUACCGAAAUCUUCGAGGGGUCGACCUUCGGAGAGGCCGUUGGAGAAGAGUUCGAUUGGUUGGGAUGCUUCCGAAGAUGAACGUGCAACCUCUGAUCGGAACCAUCGCCACUAUGUGGACCUCCUCCACUGGUUCUUGGCUCAAGAGGAUAACCACCGACUGCCGUCUAGCUGGCUCCCGAAUCUCAAUUACAUUCUGAGGGAGGACAUUCUUGCUGUUGCCGGUCUCAGCAGGAUUUUUGACAGGGAGUACGGCUUUAGCUGCAUUGAUCCUAAGAAGUUGGGCAUUUCUUUGGAUUUGAAGACUAUUCACGACCCGGCUCCCGAGUACAAGUUCGGAAAAGAUAACCCUCGUAAUCCUCGUCUGAAGGAUUACGUGUUGUCUCCUUUGGGGGUUGCUCGGAUAUCCGAAGUUCGAGCUGAUCCGUGGGAUUCCGCCUCUUCUGUUGAAGCUGUUCCUGUGAAGGUUGUGCUUCCUGAGUUGAAGACGACUUCGGAUCCGGGUCCUGGGACUGACGCUGUGCCGCGUGCCGUUCCUUCGGUUUCAUCUCCGGCUCGGAUAGAUAUCUCUUUAUCUAGGAACCGGGAUCAACGCAAAAGGAAGGGUAGCACUCUUUUGAGGCCUUCCACGCAUCCGAAGAAAGCGAAGGCUUCUCAGCCCUCGGAGAAGGAAGCAGUUUCGGAAGUCAUGCCUCCUCCUAAGAAUCUUCUUCACUUCAUGCCCUUGCCAGGGCAGAAGUUAAAGAGUGUGGUGGUUGCUGAACCGCCGGCCGUGGAUCAGCCGCUGAUCGAGGAAGAUAUCAUCCCUUCUCCCCUUAAACCAUCUGCUGCUUUGGGGAUCGAAAUCCAGGAUAUCACCGAGGUGAUGGAGGCGAUUGAAGCCGAUUUUGUUCCUGGUUCGGAUGUCCCUGAGGUAGCUGGGGAGAGGAAGGAGUCUGCUGAUCUUCCCUUCGAGAGGGAGAAGAGUCCAGACAAGGAGAUGAUAGAUCUCUCGGGCCCCGAAGCUGCGGUCCCCGAGGUUCAGAAGGAGAAGGCUGGGCAACUCCUCUCCGAGCUUACGGAACUUAAGCAGCUGUACCUUCACUAUAGUCGCGAGGCUAGAGAGUCUGCUGAGAAGAUCGGGACCGAGGAGAUGAAGUCUAAAUUUGAAGCGGCCGACAAGGAGCGUACAGAGGCGGAGUUAAGGCUCCACCAUUUUGUCCAGCAUCGGGAGCUGAUCCAGCAGCAAGCUGAUAAGGUGCCUGUCCUUCGGCUGAAGCUUCGGGAAAAAGAUGACUAUAUUCGGAAGCUGGAGCAGGAGCGAGUCAACCUCUACACUGCUGAUCAGUGUCUUUAA